GAGCGGCCCGCGCUCAUUCACUCAGUCCUCUGCCGACUGCUUCGGCGACUACACGCGCGCUCCGUCCGCCACGACUCAGAUGUUAGUGUACGAUUACGACAUCGCGCCGCAACUCGCACUUUUACCGUGACAGUGAACUCAACAUUUUCGAAUAUGGGUUAAACGGCCCUUUAGGCGUGAUGAGUCCGGGCGAGCGUGCCGCCCUCGGGCGCCGCGAACCCGCUCGCCCUCAGUAUGCCACCAACGCACCGGGAUUCCCGCCGCCCUACUACCACCCGCCCUAUGGUGUGCCGCACCCGAAUGCAUGGCUUGGCGCGCCCCUCAUAUCCAUGGCAGGACGUGCACCGCAGAACCCGAGGAACACGCCUGUAUCUAAGCUGGCCAUGCACGCUCAAGGCGCGCCGCUCAUCAUCCAAAACCGGCACGAUCGGCGAAAGUACACCACGGCACCGGAGCAGCGCAACCAACGACCUCAUCCUGGACAUUCCGAGCACGUCGCCAGGGACAGGUGCGAAGCUCCCGAGGGAAAUAGGCCUCGUAACCAACAACAACAAUCGCGCUCCACGCGAGGCGGACGUAACAACAACACGGAUGCGGUCAGUGUCGCAAGCGACGAGAGUUCCGGCUCGACAAACUCAGAAACAAUGUUGCCCAGGAUUAUCAAACCGCGAAAGCGCCGCAAAAAGGAUAGAAAACCUAACAAUAUCGCACACGACUUAUCAGCUGCGACUUUAGAUGUUGGCGAUGUCGAUCAUUGUAAUGUUUCUGGGAUUUCGGGAACACCGCAUAAUAUGUACGAGGAGUCGUAUGGUCGUGAAAUUUCUUUGCCGUAUCGAUUGGAUGUGAAAGUGAUUGAAUAUCCAGAACCGGUACCAGAGACAUAUCGAGUAUCCGCUCUCGGCGAAGCAUUAGAGGCAACGCGUUUUGGCUUAGCGGAAGCCGUUUCCCCAGUGGAGUCUGCUGUUACGUCGUGCCAAUGUCGCUAUUGUGAUCCUGUGGGACAAAUAUGGGAUGCUGAUUCGAUUGCUGAUCUUUUAGAUGAGAACUCCAGUGUCGACUUUGCUCCUACAAAGCUUGAAGAUUCUAUGAAAGUGGUCGGGCCAUUAGGGAGAAGAGGGGCUGAUACUACUUUGCGACGUAGUUGGAGUGAUCCUUCAUCACGUGUGCCUGAGCGGCGUGAAGUGAGCGGCACGGAUGCGUAUUCCGCUCCAAACUUGUACUCUUUGUUCCCACCCGCAAGACGAGCCAGUUCCCCGGAGCCGCGUUCCCCACUUGCAUUGGAAAUUUCUUCAGAGAUUGUCACCUCGAUGAAUGGUCAUCGUGACCUGGAAAUCAAGUUGUUUUCGACCUCGCCUUCGGCUACGAACUCCGACCGCCGCUCCUUCUUUGCAGAUAAAAGUGAAAGUGCCGUGAACAGAUGUAUAACCGCGAGCUACGAAAAUAAAGUGAACAGUGCGGUGAACAGUGACAAAGUUAAAUCAGUUGCUAAAAUGGAUGAAAAAAAGAGUGAUGAAGUGCCCGAAUCGGGAUGUUCUUCGGCAUUUGUAGUCGGCGAGUCUUCACGCAACAUUUGUGAUUUAGCUUUAGUUACUGCCUGAGAUCUUUGUGAUUGAGUUACGCGAAUAGAGCAUUGAGUCAUCAAUCUGUCCAAGGGUCUCUGCGCUCGCCAUUUGAGCUGGACUCAAAUUGUCUCAGCGAGGCAUUUAUGGAGCGUCUCCCGACGGCCCAUUUAAAUUCAAUAAAAGAUCUCCGAAUCGGUUUCCUGUAGAUUCUAUAAUUAAUUUAUUGUUUAACAAUAGCAUAGGAAACUGACGGGGAGCUUUAUCUGGAAACCUAGACAUUCGCCAUUUAUCAAACUUGAGAAAAUGCGAAAGCAUUACGCUAGACGUGAAUGUAGGUAGAAGUACGAGGCAAACUGAAUAAUAGUUGUAAACUUAGUUUCGAAGUUGGAAACUGAAAUAUUUAUGUAGGAGUGGUGGAGAAGUUUCGAGACUUGAAGACUAGCGAGAAUUCUUAGUUAUCUGUAGAUCUGGUAUACAACUGGCUGUGCAAUUAGCGUUUCACACUACUGACACGGUUCUCGCGGCUGCGGCGGCGCGCUCGCUGUUGCGGUUUCCCGCGGUUUUCUCCGCGCGCUCCGUUCCGGGUGGCGCCUCCUGCGCACGCGCUACUUUUUAUAACAUCAUUAGUAAUCACUUUAACAAAAGUAAUUUUGCGACAUCGAAAUACGUCAUUGUCUGACAUCGAUAAAAAACAGAUUCAGAUUAUCUUUACAUUUUCAUGUUAAUCUUGCCACACUCUAAAUUAGUUUCAUUGCAUACGCAUUAUCAUAAUGUUUCAAAAUGUUAAGCAGUUGAAUAAAAUACUUCGUUGUUAAAAGAACAAACAUUGAUUUAUUUAUGUACUUUCAUAAUUAGACGGUCGUAAUCAAUCAAUUUCACUGGUUAUAAAUCAUUGUUGUUAUUUGCAGUUACAUGAGCUAACCGUGUCGCAAGCGCCUGCAUAGACAGCCGCUUAUGCAACAGGCAUUGUAGAUAAAGAGUUACGAUAAGUGUAAUCGUCUACACUCCUUCCUAUCUUGCUUAUCAAAUAAGCUAGAGAUUCAUCGGUCAUUCACUCGUUAGUAUACGAGUACAAAGAAUUCAUUUAAAGUAAGAUAUUCGGUUAGUUCUUUACCACAUUCACGCAGCCAGUACGACUUUUAAAUGGACUUAAAAUUAAAUCCAAGCAUAGCUUUUAGUUUACAAACGAAACAUCACACGAAUAUUAGGGUUGAACGGGGCGAUACCGUUUUAAAAGUAUCGUAAAAUUCAUUGAUAAAUGGCGAAUUCUUUUCAUGUUCUUUUCUCUUUCUUAUUUUAUGUUUUGUUUAAGCAAGGGUCCAACAGCUUAAGUGAUACCAGAUAAAGUUCCAUAAUGUAGAUAAUGUGAAUAUAACUAAGUUAUUCAUGGACCGUACAGUCGUACUGUCUCUAUCGUUGGGUUUUACACUCUACGAGCUGUUUCGAUAUUUUCCUUUUUUAUUUUUGUGUUGUUUGCUUAUAUUGCUCGGCGCGUGCGUGGGACGACAUGAUAAAUUGUUUCUUGCUUCACUUUUUUUCUCUCUACGACAGGCUCAGCGUAGACGAGGAGUUAUUACAGAGUCCUAUCUAGUUUAACUUCAGAUUUUAAUGCAUAUCGAUGGGACCCUGUCAAAUGGUUUAUUUAUCGGUGUUGAAAUUAUUAUGCUUUGAUGGCUAUUUGCAAGGAGCUGAGCCUUCUUCAUUAAAUGUUUACUUUUUAGAUAAAAGUAAGGGGGCGGUAGCUUCUUCAUUGCAUCGAUAAAGUAGUAACAUUACGAUAAGCCAAAGCAUUUCUUGGAUUACCUGUAAAAGCGAUAUGGGUGUUGGUAUAAAAUAUCUAACUAUUUAUACAUAAAUAUGAAUAUUCUCGACGGUGCUGAGCCUGAGUCGAGUUGGGAUUGAAGGGCGUGGUGCCAGACGUUGUUGUAAAACUCAACGAUAACCUCACUGUAAUGUAAACAAAGUAGGCUAUGUCUAACAUACUGAGUGAAUGCAUUUUAUACAUAAAAAUGUAGGUUUAAUAUUUGUUUGUGUAUGUCGUGAGGCAUGAGUUACACGCUCGCACACUAUUUUUGUACAAUAAAUACCGUGUCCUGACA